GGCGGGAGAAUGGCGCGCCAAGGAGCGUUCGAUUGUUGCGGGGCAAGUACGGGAUGCAGCGCUAGGUUGAUGGUGGCCAAGUGGUUUCUCAUCGUCUUCAACGUCGCCUUCUGGACGAUGGGGGUCAUCUCGUUAGCCCUGGGUCUGUGGAUCUACCUCACCAUGAACGAGUACGCCACAUUCUCCGAGGGAAAAGAC